AUGGCCAUCUGCGUUUGGUUUCAGAAUCGUCGUAGUAAAGAACGACGUAUGAAACAGUUGAAUGCCCUUGGUGCACGUCGAUCAUUCUACAGAAAUCCAAGGAGAUUACGUGGUAUAAGAUCAGGGAUAUUAUCCAAUGAGCUGAACUCAGGAGGUCCAGGUGAUAUGAUAACCAAUUCUGCUUACCAUGAAUAUCUAGUAGGACCUAGUCCCGAUAUUUACAAUGCUAUUGCUUCAGCUACUGCAAUCGCAUCAGGUGUUCCUUUUAAUUUGUCUGGUGCAAUUCCUAGUCUGACAGGAAUUUACCCUCUAUCACAAGCACAUCCACUUCCUUCAAACGACUCAGUGAUCUCAGGUACAGCAGCACACUUAUUGAACAGUGAUACAGGAUCUUUUCAUAAUGACAAUACACCACAUUUCAGUCCUAAUCCAUCUCAUUUAACACAAAAUUUUCCAUCAAAUUCACUCAAUUGUCUUCCGUAUAAUCCAACAAAUUUAUCUGGUUCAAGUGGAUUUCGGGCAGAAACAAAAUCAGAUUUAUUAUAUACUCCAUCUUAUUUUCCUUCAUCAUCUUCAUCGUCAACAUCAUCAAUGUCUUCACAACAAUUAGUAAAAUUCCCACUUUAUAAUAGCACGAAUCAAAAUUGUUCACCAAAUGGAUCAAUAUUUUCAUUAUCUGAUCCUAGAGAUUUCCAUUUAUCUAAUUUUCUUGAAAGUAAUAAUAAUAAUAUGAAAUCAUAUAAUUCAACAUGUCAACCUAAUCCGUUAACAAAUCGACCAGUUCAUAAUUCAAUGGGAAUAAAUUUUAGAAAUUUACCUCCGCCAGUCUUUGAUGAAAUUAUAUGUAGACCGAAUUUAGUAUAA